GCUGCCAGAGCGCUCUGAGCGUUGUGCCCUGCGCCUCCCGUCCGGCUCCCAGUGCGGUCGCCGCGCUCUCGCCCAGCCAUGCUCCUGCUGCUGGGGCUGUGCCUGGGGAUGCCCCUCUGCGCGGGGUUGCAGGAAGAGGCGCGGAGAUGGGGUGACACUUCGGAGCAAGUUGGACUCAGGAUCCCCAGGCAAGUGAGGCUGUUGCAAAGGCUGAAAACCAAGCCCUUGAUGACAGAAUUCUCGGUGAAGUCUACCAUUAUUUCUCGGUAUGCCUUCACUACGGUUUCCUGCAAAAUGCUGAACAGAGCUUCUGAGGAUCACGAAACGGAGUUUCAGAUGCAGAUUCCAGCUGCGGCUUUCAUCACUAACUUCACCAUGCUUAUUGGAGACAAGGUAUAUCAGGGUGAAAUUGCUGAGAGAGAAAAGAAGAAUGGUGACAGGGUAAAAGAGAAAAGGAAUAAAACCACGGAAGAUAGUGGGGAGGAGGGGACAGAAACAUUCCGAGCUGCUCUAGUGAUUCCCAGCAAGGACAAAGCCGCCUUCUUCCUGAGUUAUGAGGAACUGCUGCAGAGACGGCUGGGGAAGUACGAACACGUCAUCAGCGUGCGCCCCCAGCAGCUGGUGGGGAGGCUGACCGUGGACGUGACUCUGCUGGAGCGGUCGGGCAUCGCGUCGCUGGAGGUGCUGCCACUUCGCAACAGCCGGCAGAAGGGCAGUGGGCGUGCGGAAGAGGAUUCUGGGCCUCCUCCUUCCACUAUUAUCAACCAAAAUGAAACGUUUGCUAAAGUUGUUUUUAAGCCUAGUGUGGUGCAGCAAGCCAGGAUUGCCCAGAAUGGAAUUUUGGGAGAUUUCAUCAUUCGAUACGAUGUCAACAGGGAACAGAGCAUUGGGGAAAUCCAGGUUCUAAAUGGAUAUUUUGUGCAUUACUUUGCUCCUAAAGACCUUCCUCCGUUGCCCAAGAAUGUGGUGUUUGUGCUCGACAGCAGUGCCUCUAUGGUCGGAGCCAAACUCCGGCAGACCAAGGAUGCCCUCUUCACUAUUCUCCAUGACCUCCGACCCCAAGACCGUUUCAAUAUCAUUGGAUUUUCCAACCGAAUCAAAGUGUGGAAGGACAACUUGAUUUCAGUCACUCCUAACAGCAUCAGGGACGGCAAAAUCUACAUUCACCAUAUGUCGCCCACUGGAGGCACAGACAUCAACGGGGCCCUCCAGACAGCCAUCAGGCUGCUCAACAACUACGUGGCCCACAACGACAUUGAAGACCGGAGCGUGUCCCUCAUCGUCUUCCUAACAGAUGGGAAACCCACUGUCGGGGAGACCCACACCCUCAAGAUUCUCAAUAACACUAAGGAGGCUGCCCAAGGUCGGGUCUGCAUCUUCACCAUCGGCAUUGGGAAUGACGUGGACUUCAAACUGCUGGAGAAACUGUCGCUGGAGAACUGUGGCCUCACACGGCGCGUUCACGAGGAGGAGAAUGCAGGCGCACAGCUCAUCGGGUUCUACGACGAGAUCAGGACCCCUCUCCUUUCUGACAUCCGCAUGGAUUAUCCCCCUGGCCUGGUGGAGCAGGCCACCAAAACUCUGUUUCCCAACUACUUCAAUGGCUCAGAGAUCAUCAUUGCUGGGAAGCUGACAAACAAGAAGUUGGAUCAAUUGCAUGUGGAGGUCACGGCCAGCAACAGUAAGAAAUUCGUCAUCCUGAAGAAGGAUGUGCCUGUGGGGCCCCGGAAGGUGGGGAGUGACGUCCCAGGAAGCCCCAGGCCUCCAGGGGAUGGUGAAGGGGGUUCCAAUCACAUUGAGCGUCUCUGGAGCUAUCUCACCGUGAAGGAGCUGCAGAGUUCCUGGCUGCAGAGCGAUGAUGAGCAGGAGAAAGAGCGACUGAGGCAGAGGGCCCAGGCCCUGGCAGUGAGCUAUCACUUCCUCACCCCUUUCACCUCCAUGAAGCUGAGGAAGUCAGCAGCUCAUGUGGAUGGGCUAGAGGACACUCAUGGCAUGUCGGCGGCCAUGGGACCUGAAACAGUGAUGCAGAGCUUGCGAGGAGCUGGUGCACAGUCAGGAGCUACACUCAAGAAACCGUUUGACCCAAGAAUUAAAAUAUCGAAAACAUCAGUGGACGGGGAUCCUCACUUUGUGGUGGAUUUCCCCUUGAGCAAGCUCACAGUGUGCUUUAACAUUGAUGGAGAGCCCGGGGACAUCCUCCGGCUGGUCUCUGACCACAUGGAUUCCGGUGUGACAGUGAAUGGAGAAUUAAUCGGGGCCCCUGCUCCUCCCAACGGUCACAAGAAACAGCGCACUUACUUCCGCACCAUCACUAUCCUCAUCAAUAAGCCGGAGAGGUCUUAUCUCGAGAUCACACCAAGCAGAGUCAUCCUGGAUGGUGGGGACAGGCUGGUCCUCCCCUGCAACCAGAGCGUGGUGGUGGGGAGUCGGGGGUUGGAGGUGUCGGUGUCUGCCAAUGCCAAUGUCACCGUCACCAUCCAGGGCACCAUUGCCUUCGUCAUCCUCAUCCACCUCUACAAAAAGCCUGCACCCUUCCAGCGAAACCACCUGGGCUUCUACAUCUCCAACAGCAAAGGCCUUUCCAACAACUGCCAUGGACUGUUAGGUCAGUUCCUGAACCAAGAUGCCAAACUCAUAGAGGAUCCUGCAGGGCUCAGCAAGAAUCUUACACAUCCUCCACUCCCUCAGGCAGAAGGGAGGUCUGAGACCAUUCUAAAGGUGAAAGGGCAUCGAGUCCCAGUGGUCUGGAAACAAAGGAAGAUCUACAAUGGGGAAGAGCAGAUAGACUGCUGGUUUGCCAGGAACAAUGCAGCCAAACUGAUUGAUGGCGAGUAUAAGGAUUACCUGGCAUCUCAUCCAUUCGACACAGAGACAGCACUGGGAACAUCUAGGGGACUCUGAAACUGGCAGCCUUAACGAUGUGUGCACAACAGCGAGGUGAUUUUAGGAGACCCCAUGGUAGAGUGCUUCUUGUCUCUCGCGCAUGUCUGGUCUCUUGGAAAUGUGCUUACCCUGAUGGAGUAUAGGUAUGACGUCUGCUUGAAUGACAUACAGGGGCAAGAAGCUUGAGUGAAAAUAUUAUUUCUUUCUGCUUUCCCUUCCUGCUUCUCCACCCCUCAUUCCCCCAUCUACAGUAGAGAAACGUGUUAGCACAAAAGAGAAAAGGGUCACGGUUAAAAGCAAAAAAGUCUGUAUGUUGUAUCCGUUGGCUUAUCCAGCUUGUAGCCUGCCAUAAAAUAAGCUUUCCUGAUGAAGGAAGGUUGCUGCAUAACUUGUUUUCUCCGUGGAAAUGGCCAAAUUUGGCUGAUCUGCUUUUUGCCUCAUGUUCAGGCUUAGGAAUCUCCUUUUGGUGUUAUGGUGUUCUCCAGAUGUGCAGCCAACCUCUGUCUCAAAGGAAUCUCCCAUGGAGCCCACACCACUGGUCAUGAAAACAUCAAAUAAAUGUGAUCCCUGUAAAUCAUUAA